CAGCGGCCUGGGCAGUGGCGAGCCCGCGUCCCUGGCUGGGCAGUCGGCACCAUCCUGGGUCCCUCUUUGCGUCCCCCUGGCUCCCCCUGGUGCCCGUGUUCCGAGUGUCCCCGCCCCCAUGGAGCAGCUGCUGCGCUCGGAGCUGCGCACCGCGACCCUGCGCGCCCUGGGGCGCUCUGGCGGGGGCUGCAUCAGCGAGGGGCACUCCUACGACACUGACGCGGGGCCUGUGUUUGUCAAGGUCAACCGCAGGGCUCAGGCCCGGCAGAUGUUUGAGGGGGAGGUGGCAAGCCUGGAGGCCCUCCGGAGCACGGGCACGGUGCGGGCCCCUCGGCCCAUCAGUAUCGACCUGCCCGGGGGUGGGGCAGCCUUCGUGAUGGAGCAUCUGAAGAUGAGGAGCUUGAACAGUCAGGCUUGGAGACUUGGAGAACAGGUGGCAGAUUUGCACCUUUACAACCAGAAGCUCGGGGACAAGUUGAGGGAGGAGGCGAACACAGUGGGCCGGAGGGCCGAGGAUGCUGAGCCCCAGCAUGUGACCAAGUUCGGCUUCCACACGGUGACGUGCUGUGGCUUCAUCCCGCAGGUGAAUGAGUGGCAGGACGACUGGUCGACCUUCUUCACCCGGCACCGGCUCCAAGCGCAGCUGGACCUCAUUGAGAAGGACUAUGCUGAUCGAGAGGCACGAGAGCUCUGGUCGCAGCUACAGGUGAAGAUCCCGGAUCUGUUUCGUGGCCUAGAGAUUGUCCCCGCACUUCUUCACGGGGAUCUCUGGUCAGGAAACGUGGCCGAGGACGACUCGGGACCCCUUAUCUACGACCCAGCGUCCUUCUAUGGCCAUUCUGAGUUCGAACUGGCAAUUGCCUUGAUGUUCGGCGGCUUCCCCAGGUCCUUCUUCACCGCCUACCACCGGAAGAUCCCCAAGGCUCCAGGGUUCGACCAGCGGCAUCUGCUCUACCAGCUCUUUAACUACGUGAACCACUGGAACCACUUUGGGAGGGAGUACAGGAGCCCGACCCUGGGCACCAUGAGGAAGCUUCUCAAGUAGCAGCCCACCUGUGUCCCUGCCCACCUGCCCGCCCGCUUAGCAAAUACCAGGGGCAGCAACAGCAGAGGUGGCUGCAGGGGCUAAUAAAGCCAGUGGGGGCUUUGGGGACGGAA